AUGUAUCAGGACGUACAACACCACGUACAAACAUGUCAUCAAUGUCAGAUCCGCAGCACUAAGAAGGUUGAUGUACCAUUGGCUAUCAGAGUGCCUUCAACCAUAUUUACUCGAAUUUAUGUUGACAUCAUGUUUAUGCCCAAGGCACAAGGGUAUCGCUAUAUAGUUGCAGCUAGAGACGAUCUCACACAGGCAGCGGAAGGCCGUGCACUCAAAAGAGCUGAUGCUGCUAGCCUUCGGAAAUUCUUCUGGCAGGAGAUCAUAUGUCGAUAUGAACGUGGACACUUCAUCAUUCGUGAAGCUAUCCUCAAGUCAUGCAACGGCAAUAUCAAUCAAUGGCCAGAAAAGGUCCAUCAUGCGUUCUUUGCUGACAAAGUGCUCACCCGGGAAAGUACAGGAUUCAGUCCCUUCUACAUGAUGCAUGGAGUAGACCCUGUGCUUCCUUUUGACCUUACAGAGGUGACUUACAUGAUUGAAGGGUGGAAGACCGGAAUGUCCCGUACAGAGUUACUCGCCCUCAGAAUUCGACAACUCGAAAAGCGACCAGAAGACCUCCAGAGAGCUGCUACCCGGGUCAAGAACACACGCCUUAGGUCUAAGCAACGAUGGGAAGAACUGUACGAGCACCGAUUUCUCAAAGAUCCCCCGAAGGACGGCGACCUUGUCCUAUUACGAAACACGGCGAUUGAGAAAUCACACAAUCGGAAAGCAAAACCCAGGUAUCUAGGCCCUUUCCAAGUCAUUGGAAAAUCAAAGGGCGGGUCGUAUGUGAUUCGAGAACUUGAUGGAACGUUUAUCAGGCGUGGCGUAGCACCGUUCCGGAUCCUCCCCUAUCGGGCUAGAAUGCAGGAAUAUGUCCCGGCAGCCGAACUGCGGGAGGAUCCGUUCGAGCGAGAUGACGUCAUGGAUACCGGAUCCAAUGAGUUCGAAGCAGAACAGUUCCACGAAGAAGACGAGAGUGACGGAGAAGGAUAA